CACUUUGGGCUGGGUUCCCGUUCGGAAUAGCACGCUAGGGGGUAAACAAGUUCCAGUGAUGACGAGCAUUCCUUCGAGUUCUCAUCUUAAUAAUUCUUAAAUCUUGUCCUUCUUUGAAAAUAUUAUGUAAAGUCCGGAUUCAUCAAAGACGGAUUGAUAGGUAUUGAAGAUUUGCCCGAUUUUGAACCAUGACGAGUGGUGAUGAGCCGAAUCGUCCUCGGGACACGGACGUCACAGAAACGGCACCCCUGCUGCUGGCAAGCGAGCGACCGAGACGGCCGUCGCACCGCACCAGGUUAUCGGUCACGUCGCUCAGGAGCGUCCACGUGCCGAAGAUACACAACGGGCGCACGAUCAUAAACUUGCUCUGCAUCAUCAUUCUCAUAUCCUCCUCCUCGUCGGGCUUCGUCGACAUUCCGAAAACCCGGCUGUUGGAAGACGCGGCGUGUCGCCAGUAUUACGGCCUCGACGGAACUGCAGCUGGUCCUAUUGACGAGAAACACUGCAAGGUGAAUGCGAUCCAGAAUAAGGUCGCUUUGACCUUGGCCAUCCAGAGUAGCGCCGAUGCAGCUGUGGGGUUUCUCGCCGCGUUUCCUUGGGGUCUCGCGGCAGAUAGAAUCGGACGGAAGCCCAUUGCUGCCCUCGCUCUAACUGGAACCCUCCUCGGGACCCUUUGGACGAUGGCGGUGGUGUACUUCCAUAACACAUUGCCGGUCGAACUGAUUUGGCUGAGUUCCGCGGGAAACAUCAUCGGCGGUGGCAGUACGGUUAUCGCUGGGAUCGUAUUAAGUAUGAUUGCGGAUUCGACCACUGAAGAAGAGAGAGCCGUUGCAUUCAUGCGCAUCCACGUCGCCAGUCUAUGCGGCGAACUCGGGGCACCAGCACUCGCAGGAGCCAUAAUGGCAAGGGCGGGACCAUGGCCGCCGAUCUGGAUCGCCGCUACGGCCACCGCGCUCGGUGCAGUUGCGUUCCUUUUCGUCCCAGAGACGCUAAAGCAUCAUCCGGAUCAAGAAAACGCCCUUGAGACAGAAUCGGUAGGAGAAGGAGAAGAAGAAGAGGAAGAAGCUACAGGCCUCAAAUCACGAGUCUCGCAUGUCAUCGCACGGUUUAAGGAGUCCCUAUCGAUGCUCAAGUCCACCUCUCUUAUCCUCCUACUCUUAACCGGCCUCGUAUCCCCCCCGGUUCUUUUGGGUACGUCGCAGUUCAUGGCGCAAUUCUUAUCGAAGCGCUACGGCAUCGAGCUUUACAAGACGGGCUACGUCCAAUCCACGUACGGCGCCGUGCAGGUCGUCCAAGCGCUCGUGAUCCUGCCCUGGCUCACGCGGUACGUGAUGAAGAGCACGACGCCCAAGAAGAUCCGCGCGCCGGACGAGCACCACCGGGACCUAUCCCUCGCACGGUGGUCGUACGCGCUCCUAGCGAUCGGGAUAUUCGUGCUCGGGCUGGCGCCGACGCUCGCCGGAUUUGUCUUCGGGCUCGUCCUCAUGGCGCUCGGCUCCGGGUUCAACAGCAUGACGCGCAGCCUCAUGAGCUUGUACGUCAACCCGGAGCAUCGCUCGCGACUAUUCAGCCUCGUCGCCAUGGUCGAGGUCGUCGGGAGCGUGUACGCGCAGCCGCUCCUCGCUGCGCUGUUCGCGCUCGGGAUGAGGUUGGGUGGCGGCUGGAUUGGGCUGCCGUAUUAUGGCUUGUCCGUCCUAAUUGCCUUUGCGGCUGCGCUGCUGCAUUUCGUUAAGGUACCUAACGAGGCUUGAAAGUCAGCUGUAGUAUAUAGAACAGAACAUGAUUAAAAGGAACGGUAAUGACAAUACCUAAAGCAAGAUAGGACAGAGCAUAUGAAGUAAACUAGAGUAAUAUUUAUAGAUUGGAGCAUACAUAGGGGAUCACAUAUGUAAUAAAUUCGAUUCAGCGUCAUGUUUGUAAAGAGGAACAAUCUAGCAAUUAGGCAGGAGAAGUCAAAUAUUUAAGGUUUUGAAGAAAGAAUUUAAUAUCAUAAACAUUAGACAUAU